AUGGGCUGCGGGUUGCAGGAGCCAGAUGGGGAGGCAGAAAGUGGAGUCUCCAGCUUGGGCCACACGGGUUGCAGGAACCAGGCAGGGGUCGCCUGCUGUGGGCCAUGGCUCACAGGAGCCCUGCGGGGAGCUUCCCACAAUGGGCUGCAGACCCAGGGAGCUGGUGGGCCACGGUCCCAGUUGAAAAGGCAUGUGAGGACACAGGGAGAAGGCAGCCACCUGCAGGCUGGGAACAGGGGCCUCAGAGGAAAACCUGCCCACAUCUCUGUGUUGGACUCCCAGCCUUUUUCACAACCAAAUUGGAGGAAAUGGGUUAUAGAUCAUGACAUUAAAUAUAGUUAAAGUAUUCCUAUGAUGAAAGUAGCUUUCUCCGCAUGUGGGGCUCUCAGCCUCAUUAUCAGCGGUGUCUUUGACAGCCCACAGCCCAUUAAAAACACCUUGAAGAAAGCGUACUCCACACGGCAGAGCGCCACACUUCAUCCCAGGCUGGGAUCCUCGAGGCUGGCGUUACACAAUGAGAAAAACGGUCCUUUCAUUUUUCAUCCUAAGACUCGGGCAACAGAAACACGUUAUCUGGCCCUGUAA